UAGAGCUUCUGAUCAAUUUCACCCACCUCAUAAUUCGCAGCCAUGAAGUGGGUAACGUUAAUUUCAUUCGUCCUCCUCUUAAGUUCUGCCAGAUCCUGGAAUCUGCAAAGAGUUGCUCGAGGUGCAGAACACAAGAGUGAGAUUGCCCAUCGCUACAGAGAUUUGAAGGAGGAGACAUUCAAGGCUGUCACCAUGAUCACAUUUGCCCAGUAUCUCCAGAAGUGUUCUUAUGAAGGACUGUCCAAGCUGGUGAAGGAUGUGGUUGAGCUGGCACAGAAGUGUGAUGCCAACGAGGAUGCUGCUGACUGCGGAAAAUCGCUGCCUGCCAUCUUCCUGGGUAAGAUCUGCCAAUUGGAGACGCUGCGUGAGUCGUACGGGAACAUGGCUGACUGCUGCUCCAAGGAGGACCCCGAGCGCAACGAGUGCUUCCUGACCUUCAAAGUGCAGCAGCCUGACUUUGUCCAGCCCUACCAGAGACCAGCUGCUGAUGUCAUCUGCAAGGAGUACCAGGACAACAGGGUCUCACUGCUGGGACAUUUCAUCUAUACUGUUGCAAGAAGAAACCCCUUCUUGUAUGCCCCAACCAUCCUUGGCCUAGCUGCUGACUACGAGCAUGCACUUCAGACCUGCUGCCAGGAUAGCAACAUUGAUACUUGCUUGGAUACAAAGGCAGCUGCCAUCAAAGAGAAAGCCAAGAAAGUCAGCAUGAAGCACGAGUAUGCCUGUGGAACCCUCAAGAAGUUUGGUGCAAGAACUUUCCAGGCCAUCAAACUUGGUCACCUGAGUCAGAAAUAUCCCAAUGCUCCACACUCAGAGGUGGUGAAGGUUGUGCAUGAGCUUAAAGAUGUCUACAAAGAGUGCUGUGAUGGGGACAUGUUGGAGUGCAUGGAUGACAGGGCACAACUGAUAGAAUAUGUUUGUUCUAAACAAGAUGUUUUCUCAAGCAAAAUCAAGCACUGCUGUGAGAAGCCAGUUGUGGAGCGAAGCCAGUGCAUUGUUGAAGCAGACUAUGAUGACAAGCCUGAAAACCUUCCUUCCCUGGUUGAAAAGUACAUCCAUGACAAGGAGGUGUGCAAAAGAUACGAGGCAGGCCACGACGAAUUCAUGUCUGAGUUUUUGUACGAGUACGCCCGAAGGCACCCCGAGUUCUCUAACCAGCUGGUCCUGAGGGUGGCUAAGGGCUAUGAAGCUCUCCUGGAGAAGUGCUGCAAAACAGACAACCCUGCUGAGUGCUAUGGCAAAGCUGAGGAGGAGUUGAACAAGCACAUCAAAGAAACUCAGGACCUUGUGAAAACAAACUGCGAGCUGCUCAGCACCAAGGGCGAGGGAGAAUUCCUCAAGGCGCUCCUGAUCCGCUACACUAAGAAAAUGCCCCAGGUAUCAACUGACACCUUGCUUGACAUGGGGAAGAAGAUGACAGGUAUUGGCACCAAGUGCUGCCAGAUGCCUGAGGAAAAACGUAUGGCUUGCUCUGAGGGAUAUCUGAACAUGGUGAUUCAGGACAUGUGCAGGAAACAGGAGACCUCCCCCAUCAAUGACAACGUCUCACACUGCUGCAGGCAGUCCUAUGCCUCCAGGAGACCCUGCUUCACUGCCUUGGGAGUGGAUACCAAAUAUGUGCCUUCAGUAUUUGACCCUAAUAUGUUCAACUUCGAUGAGAAGUUGUGCUCUGCUCCUGCUGCUGAACGAGAGUUAGGGCAGAUGAAGUUGCUCAUCAACCUCAUCAAACGCAAGCCUCAGAUGACAGAAGAACAGAUCAACACCAUUGCUAGUGGUUUCAGUGACAUGGUGAACAAGUGCUGCAAGCAAUCAGACAUUGACACAUGCUUUGGAGAAGAGGGUGCAAACCUAAUAGUCCAGAGCAGAACCACACUGGAAAUUGGUGUCUAAAUGAGGUUGCCAGUGGGAAAGGAAACAACAAUCUGAAGACUUCUGUGUAACUUCUCCUCCUACCCACUCCCCUUUUUUUUGCCCUUUGGUAUUGAAUGAAUGUUUCAUAAAUCCCUCAAGUGUUCUGCUUUUCCAGAAACUUUUCAAUCCCAUCACUUCAAAAAAACAACAAACCAAAGCACAAACCCAAGAAAAGACAAAAAUAAAAAGAAAUAAAGCUUUAUAAACCUGCA